UGGCGACCGGGGGGUCCUUAGCGCGUGCUCUGGAGCUCCAGGGUCUGCCGGGUGGCGCUUGACACAUGGAGGGCUCGGCAACUCCUGGCAACAAAGGGGCUAGGGGAGCCCCAGGGGACUGGGGAGCAGAGGUGGAGCUGGGAGGCUGAGUGCGGACUGGGGCGUGGGCUGUCUGGGGUGAGGGGCCGGCACCCCGGCCUGGGCGCAUCCUGACGGCGGCGGUGGCGGUGGCGGCGCCCGCGUGGCCCGAGCGCCCGGGCCUUCCUCGCCGGCCCCGGGUCUGCCCUUGACCCGCCUCUCUCCCCUUGCCCCUUCCUUCCCCGCCCUGUCCCCCUCUCCGCCCCCGGGCGACGGAGGGCGGGGGCAGCCGUGUUCCCGUCCCGCCGCCCGGGUCUGUCCCUCUCCCCGGGACCCGCUGGUGACGUUUCGCACACGUGCGCGGAGGACGCGCCUGUGACUGGGGAGGAGGCGGCGGCGGGAGGGGGCGCUGGAGGGGGAGAGGGGGGCACCCACUUCCUCCUGCUCGCCGGCUCCCUGGCCUGGGACGGUCCAGGCGCCCUCGCACCCGGCCCCGGCACGGCCACCCUCCCCUCCUGUCCCUCGGCCCCCUCCCCCCCCCACGGGCGUCCGCCCUCGCCCGGAGCCGCCGAGCUGCUCGGCCCUCCCGGCCCCCUCUCCAGCCGGUCCCCCACCUCCCCCCCGGAGCCAGCCUGGUUUCGGAAAUGCCCUUACAGCAGCAGGCAAAGCGAAGGCUGGAACUAGGAGAAAGCGGUCAUCAGUACCUCUCAGAUGGUUUAAAAACCCCCAAGGGCAAAGGAAGAGCUGCACUACGAAGUCCAGAUAGUCCAAAAACUCCCAAAUCUCCCUCAGAAAAAACACGGUAUGAUACAUCACUUGGUCUGCUCACCAAGAAGUUCAUUCAGCUACUGAGCCAGUCGCCUGAUGGAGUCUUGGAUUUGAACAAGGCAGCAGAGGUGCUGAAAGUACAAAAGAGAAGAAUCUAUGACAUCACCAAUGUACUGGAAGGCAUCCACCUCAUUAAGAAGAAGUCUAAGAACAACGUGCAGUGGAUGGGCUGCAGCCUAUCUGAGGAUGGGGGCAUGCUUGCCCAGUGUCAAGGCCUGUCAAAAGAAGUGACUGAGCUCAGUCAGGAAGAAAAGAAGUUAGAUGAAUUGAUCCAAAGCUGCACCCUGGACCUCAAACUGUUAACCGAGGAUUCAGAGAAUCAAAGGUUAGCUUAUGUAACAUAUCAAGAUAUUCGAAAAAUUAGUGGCCUUAAAGACCAAACUGUUAUAGUUGUGAAAGCCCCUCCAGAAACAAGACUUGAAGUGCCUGACCCAAUAGAGAGCCUACAAAUUCAUUUGGCAAGUACCCAAGGACCCAUUGAGGUUUAUUUGUGUCCAGAAGAAACUGAAACACACAGUCCAAUGAAAACAAACACCCAAGACCACAAUGGGAAUACCCCUAAACCCACUUCCAAAGACUUGGCUUCAACCAACUCAGGACAUAGUGAUUGCUCAAUUUCUAUGGCAAACCUUUCUCCUUUGGCCUCCCCUACCAACCUUUUACAGCAGACUGAGGACCAAAUUCCUUCCAACCUUGAAGGACCAUUUGUGAACUUACUGCCUCCCCUGCUCCAAGAAGACUAUCUCCUAAGCCUUGGGGAGGAAGAAGGCAUCAGCGAUCUCUUUGAUGCUUAUGAUUUGGAAAAGCUCCCACUGGUGGAAGACUUUAUGUGUAGUUGAUUUUGCUUUGUGUGAACUCCCCUUAUAAACCAAUAUUUUUUUAUCAUCGAACCAGAACAUCUGUCAUGCAGUGUUGUCCCUUCCUACCUUCUUCCUCCAAGAUAGUAUCGUGAAGUAAGCUACAAACUUCAGAACAAAGCUGACAUUUUAAUGAAUUUUUAAAAAAAUUUUUUUUCCCUUUUUUGGUCUAAACGCACAGUUGCAGGUUCCCUUGGGAAAGCCUUGCUUUGCCCCAGGCUCCAAAAUCUCCUGGAUGAGUCAGCAAGUGAGAAAAUGUGCAAUCAGGUGUCUCUCACCAUAACCUUCCCUUCCCUCCCAGAUUGGUUUGCUGUGCCUGACAGAUGGGCUGUAGACUGGGGUGGGUCUGGCCACCUGGCCCACUCGAAAACAGCAAUCUUCCUUAAUAGCAUUUCAAGCCGUGCCUUCUCCACAGAAUGCAUGUCUUUGGGGUCUGCUAAUAUGGAAUGGAACUGCAGGAACUGUAAACUUGAAGUCAUGCAAAAGUAUGAAAUGGAUUUCUUCAGCUCUUCCUAGGAAUAUUUAAAUGAUUGUCAUAAUUCAGUUUAAGCUAUGGACUGUGUGUCCCACUAGGAGGUCCAGAGAACCUCUCUCCGCAGCCUUUUUGAUAAAGAAUCUGAUAUCAAUUACUUGUUGCAAAUACAGAGGAAUAGUAGAGUUCUGCCACUCUGAGCUAUUGUGGAUUUUCCUGUCUCCAGAAACCACUUCCACUCCCCUGCCUCCUGAUGUAUUUGUACGUUUCAGGUUGAUUUGUAGCAAAUGCCUACUUAGGAAUUAUGAAUUGUUUUAGGUUGUUUUUUUUUAAGCUGCCAUUUAAGCAUUCCUGUGGUACUCAUCACCAUUUCAAUUUGUUUACUUUAUAAGCAGUUUUUGCUAGAUUAUUUAAGCAGAGGGAAAGAACCUCUACUGAUCAGAGCAAUGUAAACCUGUGAGAUCAAAGGUUUAACAGCCUCUACAAGAAACAUGGCCCCAUCUUGCUUCCUUUCCCAGGAGGGGGAGCUUACUGACAUGGGUGGCCCAUUUGAAAGGAGAACCCAGUCAGAUGACUUAGCAACUCCAAGGAGCAGCAGGUUACGGAUCCCUCCUCCGUCCUUGGGUUUCCCGGGCCUCUGUGACUGGGGAAAGGGCUCUCUUACAUUUCACUCAGGGAGACCACUUCUCAGGAUGGGGUCAGAUGGAGAGGCCUCUAGGGAGAAAGACAUCCCCAUUGUGUGAGUGGUGUUCUGUCAGUGGCAUUUUACUCAAGGUGGUAUGAGAACCAGGAGCUCUCACUGUGUAGGGAGCUGCAGCAGUUCUAGCCGGAACUCAUUCCCCUUCCUCUGUGAAGGAGUAAAUCGCAUCAAGGGGAAUCGGCACAUAGAAAGUGAAUAGAGAAUGCCAGGGUGUCUUCAGAAAUGGUGUCCCCAAGUUGGAGGCUUCGUGUCAGCUAUAAGUCCUACCAGUGAUGUCCAAAGUGGCUUUUCUCAUGGCCAUCUCCCGCAGGAAAUGUGAUUCCUUCCGUACCUCAAAUCCAUUCCAUGGAUGCUAGGAAUGGCGGGAGUGAAGAAGUCAUAAAAAGAAAAAAAAAUUUUUUUUUAAACAAACCUGAAAAGGGACAGUUAAAUUGAAAUGCUAUGUGCCUCACAUAGUAGGCACUCAAUUCACAUGCCUUUCAUUGAAUUGAAAAAAAAAGUCUCCCUUAGGAUAAAAAUAAUAACUUAAAAAUCACGAAAGCCCCAGCCAGUUUACUCUUGGUAGGUUUCCACAAUAUGCAAAGUGGUGGUGGGGUCAAAACAAGUGACACCAGCACUUUAAACUAUUUGUGUAGGUAUGCAUGGUUGUAUGUUUGGGAAGAAAAACAAAGGUGCAGACUAUCUUCCUUUUUCUUCGGCCUCCAUCCCCAGCCUCCUCCCCUCACACACACUGGACUUGGUACAAAAAUAUUGGUGUGAUUCAAAAUGAAGCAUUGGGGUGGGGGAGGGAGGGGGGACUUUGUGUUAAGUGCCUACUGGAAAUGCACUGUGGGGUUUUUUCCUGUAUGGGAAACCUAGUUUAUGCCAAGCUUUUCCCCAUUUCACAUACUUAUCUCAUCUGGUUAGCUGCCUCUGCUUCCAGCUUUGUGUCAUUCUCUUUGCCAGCUGCACAAAGCUGAUUUUUUUUCCAAAGUCUAAAGACUGAGCUCACCUGGCUAGGUUGUUGUGUGUUUGGUUGAGUUUCUUGUUAAACCUUUUUUGUAAUAUAAUGCCAUAUUUAUUGUUUUAAAAAUGAAAGGAAUACUAACAAGUCUUAAAAGUUCUUUCAUGCAUAAAAUUUUCUUUUCCAGUGAAUAGACCUAACUGGUGUACUAUAAUUCGAUGUCCAUAAUGUACUGUUUGCAUUAGUUUUUUUUUUUUUCUUGACAUAGUAUCUGGCACACAAAGUGGGUUAGUACUACAGUAUUUGUGUUACUUUACGUACUAAGUAUGCAGGUUUCCUGGUACCCUUAAGUUGCUGCUAUUAAAGCUCACACAUGAAAUAGCUAAAAGUUACAAGUGUGCGAAUUAUGACUGCGUGAGCCUUAGAAAAUAAAAUGUAUAAAGGGCAACACAUGAGCUGUCAAACAGUGUUAGGUGUGUGUUUAUAUGUACAGAUUUGUGCAUAGCAAUUGUUCUAUUUAAGUUGAUAUGUAGUCUUCUCACAUUUUCAUUAUAUAGCAAUUUUGUACAAAAAGAGCAAUUAAUUUGUAAACACUGCCAGAAUAUUUUCUAGCUGGUUUGUAAUUUUUUAAGAGUGUUAUUUUGUUUUUCGUUGUUUUUCUUUGUGUGUGUGUGUGUGUUUCUUGUUUUCAUUAUUUUGUUGUUAUUGUUGUAAGUGUAGAUCUGUAAAUAAAAUUGCAGUAUUUAAAGCUUUAGCUUUCAGGAAAAAGAAAGUAAUAAACUCAGUGUGUGCAUGACAACUCGUGAGUAUGAGAGGAGGGACUUGAAGGAAGAUGCCUUGUAGGAUCAGUUGGGUAGCAAUUGUCAGAAUAUGGGAAUUUCUUUUCCUAUUGGGUACACAAUUUUGUCCACAGGAAGUAUUCCUCCCCAAAUUGGGAGUAGGCAAACUACUAAUCAGUUUAGCUUUGUGUUGUAUGCUAGUUGGAAAAAAAAAAAAAAAAAAAGGAAAAAGAAAAGAAAAUAUGUAAUAUAAUGUAAAAAAAAUUAAAAAGCUUUUAUGAUGGAUUUUGUAAAUGGAUUUGUUACAGGGUAACCUGUUCUCUAGCUGUGAUCUUACCACUUCAAAUGGGUGUAAUUUGAAUAAAUUUUGUAUGGUAAAGGAUCAAUAAAAUGAUUUUUUUAAAGA